GGACUCCGAAUCCAACUCGCUCUUCAGUCUCUCGGCGGGCUUCGUCUUCCUCUGCGUGAGAGGGAGAGAGGGAGAGAGAGAGAAAGAGGGAGAGAGAGCGAGAUGGCAGUCCUUUCUCUGCUAAGGACGUCUACGGGGACCCUUCUUAGAUCGAUGACGAAGAGUUCCCACAGGUUCAUGCUCCCUUGUAUCUCCUCUUCUGUGGACUCCCAGAGUCGCUCCUUUGAUAUCUACAAGUUUGCCAGCAAAGAAGCCAUUCAAAAGGAGCGCGAGAGGAUUACUGAUGAGAUGAACAGAGGUUACUUUGCUGACAUUUCUGAGCUCAAGAAACAUGGGGGUAAGAUGGCAAUGGCAAACAAAACUGUUGUUCCAUCGAUGGUGGCUAAGAAGUUUCCUUCGUUGGAAGUAGAGCGCUCAGAUGGUAGUACGCUUAAGAUACCAAUCGUCUAUGCCAGUGGAAGUGAAUGCCCAAAGGCAUCUUUACUCUGUCUCUCCUUUCGAGCUAGUUCUCAGCCAAUGAUCGAAUCAUGGUGUGCACCUUUUCUUGGUGCUUUUAAUGCUUCCAAGGAUAUUCGUCUCCAUGAGGUAUCUUUUGUAGACUCUUGGCUUUUAUCAUUGAGUCCUGUAAAAAGGAUGCUACUUCGGGUAAUGAGGAAGUCCAGCACUGGUGAGGGAAAUCAAGCUCUUAAGAGGGAGAUCGUUUAUUUUUUUGGGGAUCACUAUUACUUCAGAAAAGAGCUUCAGAUAUUAAACCUUCUUACUGGGUAUAUAUUUUUAUUAGACAGAUUUGGCAAGAUUAGAUGGCAAGGCUUUGGAUUGGCCACAAAAGAAGAGGUGUCUUCCCUCUUAUCAUGCACUUACCAGUUGUUAGAAGAGAAAUGAGGACAAUUUUGUCUAACAGACGAGAAUAUUGUCAAUAAACGUGCAGGGCAUGCAACCUGUUAGUCUUUUGAAUCCCUUUUGCUACUUUACUUCUUUGCUUUUAUAUAUCAUUUUGCGUAUUUUUGCUGUC